GGAAAAGAGCUUCUGGUUUGAUUUUUUGACCGCCCGCACCGGCGAACCAAGAUAUCCCCGCCGGAUUUGCGCCCUCGCUCCCAUUGCCCGUUACAACCACAACGUGCGAUUAUAUCUGCUCUAGUGCGCUCUUACGCAGCUAGCUGAUUCACUGGACUCCGUUGUUACGGACCAUUUGCGAUAUCUUCGCGGUCAGCGCAACUUUUUCAUCCUCCUAGUGCGGUGCCGCCAAAGCCUACGACCCCAAGAUUAGACUACUAUAUCUGCGUUGGUAGACCAGAUAGUCUCGCAAGAUGCCAUUGGAUACGUCGACGACAUAUCCUCUUACGAAGCUCCGCCUCGAUGGCCGUCGCUGGAAUGAGCUUCGACUGCUCCAGGCUCAGAUAUCGACCAACCCAGCCAGCUCCGGGUCCUCAUAUCUGGCCAUGGGAAACACUUCGAUCAUAUGCACUGUCCAUGGUCCUGCUGAAAAGCUCCGAGGAGAAGCUGGAGGAGCUGGUGGAGGCAACGCUGCUGGAGCGACAGUCGAGGUGGACGUGAAUGUUGCCGGAUUCGCAAGCAUAGAUCGGAGACGAAGGGCUGGAGGAAACGAUAGACAGUCUCUACAGCUCUCCAGUGUCCUUCGUUCCGCCUUCCAAUCCCACAUUCACACAUAUCUUUACCCACACAGUACCAUAAGCAUCCACAUCUCUGUCCUAUCGGCAGAUGGGUCGCUUCUCGCCGCAGCGAUUAACGCCGCCAGCCUUGCGCUCGUGGAUGCCGGUAUCCCAAUGCCUGGACUCCUUUGCGGUUGCACUGCCGGUAUGAGUGGCAGUGCUUCUACCGCCCGUGAUCUGAAAAACGAUACCCUUGACCCUCUUCUAGAUUUGUCCCUACCAGAGGAGCAAGAGUUGCCAUUCAUGACGGUCGGGACUACUACGCCAAUCCCAGGCGGAGCGGAUGCCAUGGAGGACGAUGACGAGGAGAUGAAGGUCUCGGUUAUUCAGAUGGAUUCGAAAGCCCAUCUCUCGUACAUGGAGACCAUGCUCGCCGUGGGGAUCGAUGGUUGCAAGCAGAUCAGAGAGAUCUUGCAGGGCGUUAUCAAGCGAUCAAAGGUGGUCGGUGUCCCAGAGCACGGCAGAGACGACGUAUGAUUUUGGGAUUACGCCAGUGACAC